CAAGCCGCGCGCCCCCGAGAGUCUCGCCAACGCGUGUGAGGCUGGGCGCCAGGCGGCGGCGGCGGCGGCAUGCGGUGGCUGCUGGUGCGGAGAUGGCUCAUGCUUCUCGCCGGCUUCCUGGCUCUCGUGGCCUCGGAGGUGCUUCUCCACAGGUGCCUGGCCGCGGCCGGGGCCAAGGCCGCCCUCGAGCGCCUCGCCCAGGGCGCGGAGGCGCUGCUGUCCCGCCUGGUGAGCGCGGGGGCCCGUGCGCUCGGCCUGCCCCUGCUCCUCGUGGUCGGCGUCGAGCUGUUCCACUUCCUGUCCGGCGGCCAGGCGCCGCAUCGCGAGGCGGGCGGAGCCAGCGGCGGAGCGCACCACGCGCACGUGCCCCACAUCCGAAGGUCGCCGCCCACGGCGGCGUCUGCCGGUACCUGAGUGCCAGGCCGCACUGGGCGGCCGGGGCCCUUGCUGCCGUCGCAGCCUGUUGGUACUGCGUGAUCUCCCCUCCCAGUUUCAAGGCGAUCUCAUCGUGCGUCCUCACUCCGAUCGGCGUGAUCUCCUCUGGCCUCUUCGUGAGCAAGGCGCAGGCCUCCGACGAUGCCGAGAUACCCUGGCGAUUCCUCGCAGCCUCGGUAGUCUGCUUGUACCUGAGCGGCAGCCGAUCGUUCGUCGCUCUCAUGGCGUUUGACUUUAUGGUCGUGGCGUCCCACGGUGCGAAGCGCCUGCAGCACAUCUACGUGCUGCACGAGACGAGGCGGGACUUCUGCGAGCGAGUGCAGAGGGCGCUGGACAUGGACGGCCUCCACCCGGCCUUCAUCGAGGAUGGCUUCUCGAGCCUGGUGCACACGUCCCUCCGCGCGCCUCUGGCGAGGAAACUCUCCUUCGCGAUCCAGAGGACACUGUCGCUCGGCACGCAGCGACGGCUGCUGGGUCAGAAGUACGACAGCCUGAUGCUCAAGCUCGAGAGCCUGCACCCGAGGCGCAGGGACUCUUUUCUUCUCGAGAUCGACCGGGCGGACCUGCUGCCCUCCACCUUCCGCGCAGUGCAGCAGGCCCCCCGAGAGGACCUGCUGGCGCUGCACCUCCAGGUCUCGUUCCGGGCCGAGCUCGGGGAGGACGCUGGCGGCCUCCUCAGGGACUGGUUCGACAGCAUCCUGGGGAUGGGCAAAGCGGCGCACACUGAGAUCCAGGCGUGGCCUUUUUGUGACACCGGGCACUUGCCCUGUCCCUGGCCCUGGCGCCAUCACAGAUCGAUCAGGGUCGCGACAUGCCGCAGGAAGACGAGGUCCAGGGCUCCGGUCGCGAGUUCUCGCGAUGCGGCAGCUCUUCUCGCAACGUCGGAUCUCAGGGCACAGGCACAGACUCUCGGAAAGGUCCGUGAGGGUCUCUUGGACCUGCGCUGCGGCCCCCCUUGCGGCGCCUCAGUCUAAUUAGGCCUCCUAGAUGGGUUCCGAGUAGAUGGGGUCGGAGGAUCGCGCCGCAUCGCCGAUGCAUCGACGAUGCGGCUCGCCGACGUCGCCGAUGCAUCGCCGACGUCGCCCAUGCAUCGCCGAUGCAUCGCCGAUGCAUCGGCGGUGCAUCGCCGACGCGGCGCGAUGCGUCGACCCGACCUGCUCGGAGCCCAUCUGUCACCGCCCAGCAAGCCACUCCAACCCAACCCGAAGGCCUCAGUUUGCCCUCCACUUCCAGUGUGUGGGGGGGGUGGACCGGGCUGCGGCGCGCGCUCCACCUGCAUAGGACGGCGCACCCGCGUGCCGAUCUCCAG